ACGCGAAAACCGGAAAUGCGGACUUCCGGGAGGGCUAGGGCCGUGGAAGGGAGGGUCGGCGUCACAGGUCCUGACAGGGAAGAAGUAGGCAGGUCCUGGCAGGGGAGAGUAGCUGUGGCGGCGGCUCGCGUGUAGGUGGCUCCGGCGGGAUGGAGUCUCGAUUCAAGGACGCCGGGGCCAGCGAGGCUGAGCGCGCCUCGGGCGAGGGCCGGGCAGGCAGCAGCGCGGCUCCGCGGCCCGCGGUCUCGUCGCCCUUAGGAGCCGCCCGGUGGAAGCUCCUGCGGCAGGUUCUGAAGCAAAAACACCUGGAUGAGUGUCUACGGCAUGUAUCUGUAAGAAGAUUUGAAUCAUUUAAUCUGUUUUCAGUAACAGAAGCUAACAAAAGGGAAACUGAAGAGGAAUUUGGUGCAUGGGUCCAAUAUACAAGUGUCUUCUACCCUGAAUACAGUAUUUCUUUAAGGCAUAAUAGUGGAUCUUUGAAUAUUGAAGAUGUUCUGACCAGCUUUGACAAUACAGGAAAUGUUUGCAUCUGGCCAGCUGAAGAGGUUUUGGCUUACUACUGCCUCAAGCACAGUGAUAUAUUCAGGGACCUUGCUGUGUGUGAGCUAGGGGGUGGCAUGACAUGCUUGGCUGGGCUCAUGGUUGCUAUUUCUGCAGAUGUCAAAGAAGUUCUGUUAACUGAUGGGAAUGAAAAGGCCAUCAGAAAUGUGAGAGAUAUCAUCAAGAGGAAUCAGAAGGCUGGUGUGUUUAAGACUCGAAAAAUAUCAAGCUGCGUUUUACGAUGGGAUAAUGAGACAGAUGUCUCUCAACUGGAAGGACAUUUUGACAUGGUUAUGUGUGCUGACUGCCUGUUUCUGGACCAGUACAGAGCCAGCCUUGUUGAUGCAAUAAAGAGAUUACUCCAGCCCAGGGGGAAAGCAAUGGUAUUUGCCCCACGCCGAGGGACUACUUUAAACCAUUUUUGCAAUCUAGCUGAAAAAGCUGGUUUCUCUAUCCAAAGACAUGAAAAUUAUGAUGAGCACAUUUCAAACUUCCACUCCAAGUUGAAAAAGGAAAACCGGGAUACAUACGAAGAAAACCUUCAUUACCCACUUCUGCUUAUUUUAACCAAAAGUGGAUAGAAGAUUCAACUGCUCGAAAGAUGAAGUAAACAUCGAGUGCCCAGGGAAUAUUUUCCAGAAACGGAAACCUGUAAUAUGCAGCAAGCAUUGGCUCCCCGAGACUUUCCAGCCCCAAGACUUGGCCCACCCCAACCUUUCCAACCUUCCACGUGUGGGUGAUGGGGUCCACCUGUCCUCGCCCACAGUCUUCCCCAGCCUCUCUUCUCGGUCUGCUUGUGGCUCUUCCUGCACCAAACCUUUGUUCGUCUUUAAAUCCCCGAGAAGCAGCCUGUCUGAGGUUUGAGUUGAACUUGUGAGCAACCUAAAGAUUUUUACCUCUAAUUGAGACAGAAUUUCUUUUGGUGACUGCCACCCCCAUUUUUAUCUUGGUCUUUGUUCUAUGUUGGUGACAGUUUUUAAUUUGUAAAAUUAAACGUGACAAUC